UGCGAUUACGAGAGCUGCACAUACACUACGGGCUCCGGCAACUCGUUUCGCAAACACCAAUCGAUACACACAGCCGUGCGAUCAGUGCUGUGCCCGAUAGACACGUGUCGGCGCCCGUUUCGCACUGCCAAACACAUGAACGAUCAUCGGCUCACUCGACACCCGGAGUCGGCGCCAGAGGUGCCGUGGAUUCAGUGCGCCGACUGUCCAUAUCAGGCCAAACUGCGGUCGGCGUUGGAAGCGCACCGACUCGUCCAUAUGCAGAAAUUCCGGUGCGAGACGUGUGGUGUGGGCUUUGGGCGCCGACAGUCACUCAGAGAUCACGUCCGCAAACACGACCAGACGCUGCGGUUGCGGUGCGAAUGGCCCGGUUGUGAGCGCACGUUCCUCACUGACCACGCCUGUAAGGCGCACCUCAACACUCAUACCAUGGAAAAGGUGUACCGCUGUCAUUGGCCCGGAUGUGACAGUACUUUCCUUAACAUUAAUACGUUGGGCAGUCAUGAGCGGCGCCAACAUCAGGGUAAGAUUGACUACAGUUUAGAUUUAGUGAAGACUAACAUCAAAAAGACGGUAUCGGAUCGCGCCGUACGAGCGGUUAAAGCACUGGUCUUUCGCCGCAAUAAACCCGUCAACAAGACUAAAAGUAUUCAUCUAAAUGCUGGCGAUUGCGUAACAUUUGUUGUACGUAAACAUGGCUUAGAUCAGCAGGUGGUCGAUGAGGGCCAUCACAUACUGGUGUCUGAUCUGAUGGUAACCACACCCGAGAUGACAACCGGUGAUAAUGGUGUCCACGUAUGCGAUCAUCCGUCCCGUGAAAGUCACCAGUUUUGCGAACUUUGCUUCAAAAAUCAGCUCAAAAGCAAACUUUAAAACACGAG